GGACGCAGAAAAAAAAAGAAGGAACAGAAGAGCAGCAGCUCUGUCCGUCCGUCGCGCGCUGAUAAGCAGCAGAGACCGAAAUGGACGCAGCCAAACGGAUCCUCGUGCUGAUUUUGACUUGUUCGCUCGGACCGAUGUUAUCGGUCCAGAUGUGUGACAUCAUGCUAGACCUGGAGAGGGAGGAAUAUGAGUGUCUGGCCAACUUGGAAAAUGUCACAUCAGGCUGCAGCAGUAAAUGGGAAGUUGCUUGCUGGCCGUCGGCUAACGUUGGACAGCUGGUCACCAUCCCCUGCCCCAGUUACUUCAGCCAUGUCAGUGACCAAAAAGGUAAUAUAACAAGGACAUGCACCAUGGACGGCUGGACAGAUAUAGACCCUACUGUUAUUGCACGGAAUUGCGGCUAUAGCCUGAAUUUCACAGAUGAAAAUGUGGGGGAAUUUCUGGGCUUGGUGAGGAUUGGCUACACCAUUGGUCACAUCGUGUCUCUGAUCUCCCUCAUUAUCGCCAUCUUUAUUUUGUGCUUUUUCAGGAAACUCCACUGCACGAGAAACUACAUCCACAUUCACCUAUUCCUGUCCUUCACUCUGAAGGCGGUUGCGGUUAUUAUGAAGGAUGUUGUUCUGUAUGAAGUGGAGGAGCCAGGCCACUGCGAUCCAGGAUCUGUGGGAUGUAAGGCAGCGAUGGUGUUCUUCCAGUAUGGAAUCAUGGCCAGUUUCUUUUGGCUGCUGGUGGAAGGCCUCUACUUGCAUGCGCUCCUUGCUGUCUCCUUCUUCUCCCACAGGAAGUACUUCUGGUGGUACAUUCUGAUUGGCUGGGGAGUCCCUGCGGUCUUCAUCACCACAUGGAGCAUUACAAAAGCUUACUUACAUGAUGUUGGAUGCUGGGAUAUUAUUGAUGAUAAUCUCUGGUGGAUCAUAAGAACUCCUAUUUUGUUAAUAAUCCUGAUGAAUUUCAUUCUCUUCAUCUGCAUCAUCCGGAUUCUCCGGCAGAAAAUAAACUGCAGGGACAUUGGCAGGAAUGAAUCAAACCAAUACUCGAGGUUGGCAAAAUCAACUCUCCUUCUGAUUCCCCUGUUUGGAAUAAACUACAUCAUCUUCGCCUUCAUGCCUCAUCACAUACAGUCUAAUGUGCGGCUGGUGUUUGACCUUAUCUUGGGUUCUUUUCAGGGCUUUUGUGUCGCCGUCCUGUACUGCUUCCUAAAUGGAGAGGUGCAGUCUGAGAUUAAGCGUAAAUGGCGGCGGUGGCACAUGCAGAGGUUUCUGGGAACGGGCACUAAGUACCAGCAGCCGUGUCUGGCCAGCAACGGCAACCACUCCAGCACUCAGAUCACCAUGCUGACCAAAUGCAGCCCCAGCACCCACCGGGCAUCAGCCUCCCAGGACGACUUCUCCACCAUCUGAGCUGUGCGAGAGCAGAGAACAAGAUCCAGGAGCCGGUCCCGAUACACACUUCUUCAGCCAAAACCAGGGUUCCAUUAUCA